AUGGCGAAACCAGCCCCUCUCCCUCUUCAAGAACAAAACCCUCGUAAAAAUACCACACCACGAGCUGUGGAAAUCAUCAUUUUCUUUCUUCUCCUCUCACUCCUUGUUUAUCGUCACCUCCAUCUCAGAGACCAUGGCUGGGCUUGGGUUCUUGCGUUUUGCUGCGAGUCAUGGUUCACUUUCAUCUGGAUUCUUACAAUGAACAACAAAUGGAAUCAAAUAUAUAUCAAAACAUACCCAGAACGCCUCUUGCAGUGGAAACCUGCUCAUGAGCUUCCCCCGGUGGACAUGUUCGUUACCACGGCCGAUGCCGACCUAGAACCGCCGAUUAUCACUGUGAACACUGUACUCUCCUUGUUAGCCGUCGAUUACCCAGCCAACAAGCUAGCUUGCUACGUAUCCGACGAUGGUUGUUCUCCUCUCACCUUCUUCGCUCUCAUUGAAGCAUCUAAGUUUGCUAAGAUUUGGGUUCCAUUUUGUAAGAAGCAUAACAUUCCUGUUAGAGCUCCAUUUCGAUACUUUAAUGGUGAGCCCUUAUCGUCGUCCAAAGACAGUUCAUUGGAGUUCCAACAAGAGUGGAAAAAGAUUAAGGAUGAAUACGAACUGCUUUGCCAAAAGAUUGAAGAAGCAACGCAAAGAUCUGAGCCAUGGGACUUUACAGGGGAAUUUGCAGCAUUUUCACAUGUAGAGCGCAGGAACCAUCCUACUAUAAUAAAGGUUAUAUUGGAGAACAAGGAAGAUCUUCCCAAUGGUUUGCCUCAUCUGGUCUACAUCUCCAGAGAGAAGCUUCCAAAGCAUCCACAUCAUUUCAAAGCUGGUGCCAUGAAUGUUCUGAUCAGAGUGUCCGGAGUGAUGACAAAUGCUCCUUUCAUGCUGAAUGUAGACUGCGAUAUGUAUGCCAACAAUCCCAAGAUUGUUCUUCAUGCAAUGUGCAUGCUGCUUGGUGUCAAGAAUGAAAUGGACAGUGGCUUUGUUCAAUAUCCACAAUGCUUCUAUGAUGGACUCAAGGAUGACCCAUUUGGAAAUCAGUUCGUGGUUUUACUUAAAGUGAGUGAAAUUUAG